AUGGGUCCUUCCCAGUGGGAUUCAGGCUGCGGACCAGAACGUAGUCGCCAGGAGAAAAGUUAUGGAUCGGUUUCUCUGAGGGCAACGGGAUGGAGUUUAUCACCUGCUGAGAAUACUUGGCAACAAAAGAGAACAAAAGUUUUACAUACUCCUGUUGUGCUUCCUGUAAGCAGGUCAAAUUCAUGGCAGUGUCUUCAGGGACUUGAAGACAUAAAGGAAAAGGCUGACCCAUCAAAACCUCAUGGGGAGACAAACCAGUAG